UGUAUAGUUUGUUGUUCUUAGCGGUUGUGUACAUAUAACCUAUGCAGAAAGUUUGUUUUUAAUUAGCCAAUUCACAGUUUAUUGCCAAAUUUUAUGAAGAAAUAUGCAAUAGAGAUUUAAAAUACUCAGAAUGUUUUUGAGUAACAUUCUUAAAUUCGGCGAUUUGUACAUAAAGAAAAAGGGCCAUCUGGUUUGUACAAGUGAUAUUCUCAACUGGAAUAUUUACUAUGUUUAGCGAGUUUCAAUCUCAAUACAUUACUUUGAGUCAUAUCGGAGAAGGAACAUUUUCUGAAGUGUUAAAAUGUAAAAAAAUUUGCACCGGGAAAACUUUUGCUGUUAAGAAACUUCGGAAACAGUUCAAACAUUUCAGUGAGGUUAAAGGCUUACCCGAAGUGUUUGUUUUAGAAAAACUGUCUUCUCACCCGAACGUGUUGCCUAUGUUAGAAUACGUAUUCGACUCUCAGGAUAAAAAGCUAUAUAUGAUAUUUGAGCUAAUGGACAUGAGUCUGUACGAUCUGAUCCACGCGCGGAAGAGGUGUCUAUCAGAGACCCGAGUGAAGCACAUGGUCUAUCAGCUUUUGAUGGGCGUCGAUCACCUACACAAGAACGGUAUCUUCCACCGAGAUAUAAAACCAGAAAACAUACUGAUUAAGAAGUCGGUGGUGAAGCUCGCGGACUUGGGUUCCAUCCGAGGAACUCGCAGCCAGCAGCCAUACACCGAGUACAUCUCGACCCGCUGGUACCGCGCUCCGGAGUGUAUCCUCACGUCCGGCAAAUACGGGCCUAAGAUGGACAUCUGGGCCUGCGGCUGCGUCUUCUUCGAACUGCUCACCUCCAAGCCGUUGUUUCCCGGAGCCAACGAGAUCGACCAACUGACCAAGAUCCAUCAAGUGGUCGGCACGCCGAGCCCUCGAGUGGUCACUAAGCUACGUCACAACAAGUCAAGGGUCGGUGACAUCAAAUUCUCUCCUUAUCCUAGCGUAAAUCUUGCAGUCAUCCUGCCCUUCACCAGCGACGGAGGUCGAGAACUUCUCAAACGCAUGUUGGUGUACGAUCCGGACAUGCGUAUCAGCUCUUGCAGACUGGUGGAACACCGCUACUUCGGCGACAUCAGGCUGGCCGAUACCGCGACAGACGGCUACCUUUGCGCUCACAGGACGAAGCAACUGAGCUCCACCUCUUCGACGCUCAACUUCCUCCUUCAGAAAAACACUAAACUGAAGCCACCGGUCGUGAAACAAGAGCAGAAAAAGCCGACCGGAUCUAAACUACUGACUAAUUCGUGGGCACCUUCGACCAAAACUUCCAAAGUGGUUUUGCCAGAAAGCAAGAGCAAACCCGCAAUAGGAGUAUCGCCAAAUAAGAGUAAAAGAAAGCCGGGUAUGAACAGUUCACCUACUAAAACGUCAACAUCCAAAAAAGUGUCUUCGAUUAGACCUGUCGCAAAAUUAAACGAACAAAAAACAGAACAAAAAAUAAAGGCAAGUACGAUGACAAAUUUACCUGCCGUAGUAAAAUAUACUAGUAACGAGCAACAGAUCAAGUUAACCAAGAGUCAACUUCUUGGAUUCAGAUUGAAUGGGAUCAGAAGUGUUUUACCGCCUAUUCCAGAACAGCUAGAACUCGUGUCUAGAAAUUGUAACUAUUAAUCUAAUAUGUAUGAGAAUUUUAAAAAUAUACAUAACUAACAUCCUAA